GCGAAGUGGUGAGAAAAAACAGAUCAACUGGGCAGCGAACAAGAAGUAGUUGUUAUUAAAGAUCCAUAGAAGUUUAUAUCCCUCGUGAACUGCCUUCACCCAUACAACGCACGCGUCUUUCCUUUCCACCCCCCUGAUUUAAUUCACCUGCCAUCACCUCCAUUCCUUUGUUUGUUUUGUAUUUUAUUUGUUUGCCUAGAUCAGUAUGUCUUUUUUAAAUACCAUCAGAGGCUUGGGAAGAGGCCCCAAGAAGAACAAAAAGGACUUGGACUCCACAAACGUGUUUUAUCAGCAUCCCAACGGCUCAGGAUCGCCAGUCAGAAGAUCCCAAUCACCUACCAAAUUGAGUCCAAACAAACAGCAGAGAAUCAACCAAGUAUAUAACAAGCAAGCCUCGCCCACCAGACGAGGGAGAAGCCAUGCUAACGGUGACGGAUCUACCCGCCUACUGCCACGGAAAGAGGCUGCUCGUCUAGUGGCGCCUGUCACCACAAUCAAUGCUCCUCAGGAUUUGCCGUUAUUCUUACAGGAACCAUUUGUGAAAACAUCGUUGGUGAAAGGUUCAUUCAAAACAAUUGUGCAGCUCCCCAAAUACGUGGAUUAUGGUGAGUGGAUAGCUCUCAACAUCUUUGAAAUGUUCAAUAAUUUGAACCAGUUUUACGAGGUGUUUGCUGAGUAUAUGACUCCCGAGGCGUAUCCCUCUAUGAACGCUGGACCCACCACAAACUACUUAUGGGUUGAUUCGAGUGGCCAAUCAAUCAACUUACCAGCUGUUCAAUAUAUUAACUACGUGUUGACAUGGAUCUCCAAUAAAUUAAAUGAUCAAUCGGUGUUUCCCACCAAAAGUGGGGGUGCCUUCCCACAGAACUUUAUGAAAGACUGCAAAAAUAUAACCAGACAAAUGUUUCGUAUAUUUGCUCACAUAUACUAUAACCAUUUUGAAAAGAUUGUUCAUUUAUCAUUAGAAGCUCAUUGGAACUCGUUCUUUUCUCACUUUAUUAGUUUUGUGAAAGAGUUCAAAUUGAUAGAUAAAAAUGAGUUGGAACCUUUGUUACCUUUGAUCGAAAGCUUUGAAGAGCAAGGUAAAAUCAUAUAACAAUACCAAAGGCUUAACCCGCCUCUGAAAAAUAAAAUCAUGUCUACUUUAUACUUGAAUCUAUAUACAAUAAAUGGUUCGUUAAACUUCAUGAAAAAAAGUACGUCGAGUCUUUGACGACAUUAACAUCCAAGUCACCUCUUGGAGGAACUGGUGGGAAACUAAUUGGAGCAAAAAUUGGUAACCCUAUAGAGGAGGUACCGACUUCAUUCAAGUCGUAUUCUUCAACUGAACUCACAGUUGUCACCAAUUCUUUGCCCAUUUUAACCGCUUCAGGAUCGUCAGAGGCUAACAAUUCCUGUCUCUUUUUUUCUAAAUGAAUCUCAUCAGCUACUGUCAAGGCUCUGUUUAAGUCAGUAGCAAUUUUUCUUCUAACAUCUUGGAUUUUUUUGGCAAGUUCAUGAUCUCUUGGAAUGGUAACCACUUGAAGGAAACCUUUAUAACGAGCCUCAAAUUCAUCCUUGACUUUUUGAAUCAAAUUCUCAGAAUGUAACUUGAUGAACUGUUCUCUUAAGAUUUUGCUCAACACAUCAAUAUCAGAAGCAUGUGUCCAAUAAGAAUCAUGAACCGAUGCAAAUGAAAUGUUUUCAUAUUUACAGGUAGAUGCUGU